AUGCAACACACCCUCUCGGAGUGUGAACCCCAACGGCGUGGUGUAAACGAAUUAGCACUCAAAACGCACUCGUCUAGUGUUUCCUCCAAACAAAGCUAUGGCGUGUCGUCAAGCCGCUCCGUUCAGCUAAGUGCCAGCCAGCUUACUACAGUAUGUGUAAGACAAGCAAUGGUGAAUCAAGCCCAAGGUCUGCUGACUGAUAAUUCCAACGAAGUAACAACUCUUUCAAAUGGGGCAAUUGGAUAUCAGAAUCAACGACCCUCGUAUGCUACCAAAGAGGGAUGUGCCGCACCCUCUCUGAGUGUGGCGGAACUCAGUGCCGUUGCCACCAACGGAAGCACUGUGUGUAAACGUCUAAUUGUCAAGGAUACCCCGAAAGAGCACUGUGCGGCACAACCGCUGCUAAUUGAAAACGACAAUGCACAAAAAACAAAUGAUUGGAACACAUCCGUGGCGAUGACCGGUUGUCUGGAAGUGGAGUCAACUCCAGCCCCCUCAUCAGGACCACGACAGUGUUCACUGUGCAGAAGAUACCUCACCGAUCCUGAUGACCCCGUGCAGCAUAAGAGGAUGUGUCAAGAAAAGAAAUUGUUCUGCCCCCUUCUUUGCGGGAAGCUACUUCGCCGUGGGGACAUUACGCGCCACGUGAGGGAAACGGCUCUGGAGCAUAACCCGCUACCACUACCAAGUGGUCCUGACUAUCCGGAAGAGCACCCCGCGCAUGUACUGGCAGUUGUUAUGAACAUGUUCUUGGAAAAAAAUAGUGGCGAUAAAAGGGCUGACGAGCAGUUCUCACUGGACCUCCCCCCACGGAGAAUUCGGCUGUCAGAAACAUCAAGCAGUUCCGUGGCGGCAUCUCGUCGCCUUUCCCUCAAUUCUACACUGUGUGAAAAGAAACCUGAGUCAGACGCAGUGACACCCCCAAAAAUACAAACCAGCGCAGAUGUUCCCUUGACACAAUCGUCUACCGGACUCCCAGAGCCGCAAGCACGCAGUCCCCCCACCAUCUCACAGGAAAGAGAUAUCACCUACACCAUAGAAAGUGAGCUUACGUCUGGAAACGAUAAUUCUGUCGUUGCUACCGAUGCCAAUGACAACAACACCAGCACAUUCGGGAAGGCAAGUGCUGCGGUUUCUGCGGAAGAACCGGAUGCCGCGCGGACAACAUCGGAACUGUAUAAUUCGCGGGUUCCAAGGAAGCGGUCCCACAGCUCCAACGUUGAGAGUGGUUGCACGUCAAGAAGUGGUGGCUUCGGCAUGGCAAACUGUAAAGGGUUCCGGCCUGAGGCGCCAGUGAGCAAAGGUUCGUCAGAGAAUGGACAAGCACUCAAAGAGCUUUUGAUCCGUAUCAACCUUCAGCAUGAAGAAGUGGAGAAGUUGAGGGAACAACGCGGAGCGUAUGACUUAUCUAAUGUGGAAGAUGUAAAGCAAAGGGACGAGAUCAUGGAUGCCGUGCGGAAUGUGGUCACUGCGUUUGAUGGAAAGAACAGAAGCAUUCAUAAUGAUUGUAAACAACUGAUGGGGAAGACCAGUUUAGCUCCUGACCUAUUCCUGAAUGUACUGCAUUCAUGGAGGAGUCUUGACCGGCACUGGAACGAGGUGAGGGUUACUCUCUGCGAUACCGCCAGGAUCUAA